AUGGUGCUGCCCGGGCUGUUGGUGGCCGGGGUCUCCUUCGCCACGUUCCGGGGUCUGCACCGGGGGCUGGCGCCGCUGUCCUGCCCGGCCCCGGCCCGGACCCGCUGGAAGUGGAGAAACCCGUGCACCUCCCUGGUGCACAGCCUGCUCGCCGGCUCCGGGGCGCUGCUAGGCCUGCCCUGGUGCCCACAGAUGGCUGUGGACCCGAUCCGGGGUCACUCCCCGGCGGCGCUCGUCCUGGUCUCCGCGUCCUUCGGGUAUUUUCUGGCAGACGGGCCGGACCUGCUGCGGAACCAGACCCUGCGCCAGGCCUGGGAGUUGCUGGGCCACCACGCCCCCGUGAUGAGCUGCCUGGGGGUGGCCGUAGUGAGCGGCCGCUACGUGGGCUUCGCGGUGGUGUCGCUGCUGCUGGAACUGAACUCCGCCUGCCUCCACGUGCGCCAGCUGCUGCUGCUGGCCGGCCGACCCGCGGCCCCACCUUCCGCCUUCCGCCUGGCCAGCCGGGCCUCCCUGGCCACGCUGCCGCUCUUACGCCUGGCUCCGCUGGGCUGGAUGAGCCACUGGCUGCCGCAGCAGCAACCGGACACGGUCCCCUCGGCCCUCAGGGCCCUGGGUGGGGGCGGCCUGCUCAUCGUUGGCCUCAGGAGCAUCGUGCUGGCCGUCCGGCUCCUCGUCAGCGACUGCCUGAGGUCCCCUCCGGCUCCUCCCCUGGUCCCAGGAGCCACAGAGGGGAAAAGGGCCAGGGAGCCCUGUCUCUAA